AUGACUACCCUCAAAGGCCCAGGAGCUGCACAGCAGCAUGAUGGUAGUGAGCUACGAAUUGGUAUCGUUCAUGCUCGUUGGAAUACCAGUAUGUACUUCCAAUUCUCCUGCCCUGUCCCAAGAACGUAUCUUGCCAAAAGAACACUAUGUCAAUUGGCAUAUCAGCAUAGACGAGUCUUUUAUAUCUCUUAUUCUCUUUACUCAUCAAGAUACAACGUGACUUAUUGGCAGAUGCUCAGCGCAAAAUCCCCAGGAAUCUUCAAACCGUUUGCUAACGUACAAUUACCCCUCCAUAGCAAUCAUCGACCCCCUCCUCGCCGGCACGAAAGCCAACCUCCUCGCUUCUGGUGUCAAGGAAUCAAAUAUAAUCGUCCAAUCUGUUCCCGGAUCCUGGGAACUACCCGUUGCGUGUUCCAAGUAUGACUCCUACCUGUCCCAACCUACCUCCUCUGCCUGAACCCCACCAUCCCUCCUCUUCUCUCUCAGUUCCCUCCCUUUCCCCAUACCUCCACCAUCAAGCACCCAUCUCCUAAUCCACCAAACUAACCCCAAACCCACAGACUCUUCUCCGCCUCUCAAAUCCAAUCCUCCCAAACCUCCUCCCUCUCCGCCACCGACCUCCUCGGCUCCACCUCCACAGCCGACCUCACAAACCUAACCCUCACCCCCUCAGGCGAGGCCACCAGCGCCCUCUCCGGCCCCUUCGACGCCAUAAUCGCCAUCGGCGUGCUCAUCAAAGGCGAGACCAUGCACUUCGAAUACAUCGCCGACGCCGUCUCCACGGGCCUCAUGCGCGUCCAACUCGACACCGGCUGUCCCCUCAUCUUCGGCCUCUUGACCGUCCUGAAUGAGGACCAGGCCAAGGCGCGAGCGGGCAUCACGUCGGGAAGUCAUAAUCAUGGCGAGGAUUGGGGAUUGGCGGCUGUGGAGUUGGGGGUGAAGCGGAGGGAGUGGGCGGCGGGGAAGUUUUCUUAG